AUGUCUGCGGCUGAGGUUAAUAUAUUUCCUUCGAUUGAUGCAGAUGUUGCUAUGAAUACUGCUGCUGUCAGCCAUCAUACUGUGGAGAGGGCCAACAAUCAAGCCCUACUGCCAACUAUUCUAGCCAAUGUAAUUGACAAAUGUGGCAACAAGACCUCAUGUAGGAUACUGCUCGAUACUGGAUCAACAAUAACCAUGGUAGCUGAGUCGUUUAUCCAACGGAUUGGAAUUCCACGCACGCAUGCUCGCAUCUCAGUUGUUGGAUUAGGUGUUAACCCGGCUGGAGUUAGCCGAGGUCGCGCUAGCUUCACUUUGCUAUCAAGGACUACGACUGCCUCAUUGGAGGUCUCUGGCCUAAUUAUGAGUUCUCUGACUUCUUUGAUUCCCGCUCAGCAGGUCAAAUCCAUCGCUUCUGUCUGGACCAAAAUUCGCAACUUACCGUUAGCUGACCCGAUGUUUGGAUCACCUGGAAAAAUCGACGUUAUUUUAGGCGCUGUUCAACUGUGGAACAUCUAUACUGGACAUCGCCGCAGCUAUAAUGAUUGUGGCGAACCAUUUACGAAAGCACAAGUACACCACGCUUACGAAGAUUUGGAUUCCCUAGCUCGCUCUUUCAUGGACAUGGAACAGGUGCAUCCGCAGCCGAACCGCACGGGGAUUCGGCAGCAACCUUCGGCCUUGGCGAGCGCUCUGCAUGCCACUGCCAGAUUGGCGGCCAGUGUGGAUGCCUAUACGGCGGCGCCUACAGCCACAGCGGCAACCGGCGACUACGGCGAUCAUAUGGGCCAAAAUCCGAACCUCAGUCAAAUCCACCAUCAGUCCCACCAGACCACCCAGCUGCCCGCUCACCAACUGGACAAUCUUAGGUCGUCGCGGUACCUCUAUCACAGCCAGUUCAAUUCAAAUUCGCCGCAAACGAGACGUUUCACUGCGCAGCGAGAAGCAGCUUCAGCGGCAGCAGCUUCAGCAGUAGCACCAAUAGCGCCACUAGGAUCACUCGCACCACUAUCCUAUAAAGCAUCGCCCUCAUUAGCGGCCCAGCCGCCGCCCUUUCAGUUGCCUACCUACCAACAGAAUCAAUCCUACCGCUUUCAGUCGCGCGGACAUCACCGCACCGCCAGCAGCAGCAUGUCGCAGUCCGGCGAGGAUCUCCACUCGCCCACGUAUCUAUCCUGGAGGAAACUUCAGCUGAGUCGGGCCAAGCUCAAGGCUUCCAGUAAAAUAUCAGCCCUGCUCUCAGGAUUUGCCAUGGUGGCAAUGGUGGAAGUGCAACUAGAUCCCGACACAAGUGUACCACCGGGAUUGGUGAUAGGCUUCGCCAUCUGCACCACCCUCCUGGUGGCGGUGCACAUGCUGGCCCUGAUGAUCAGCACCUGCAUCCUGCCAAACAUCGAGACGGUGUGUAAUCUGCACAGUAUUUCCCUGGUCCAUGAAUCUCCGCACGAGCGUCUGCAUUGGUAUAUUGAAACAGCGUGGGCCGUCUCCACGCUACUGGGACUUAUACUCUUCCUGCUAGAGAUAGCCAUCUUGUGUUGGGACGAGUCGUUCAACUUCAUCCUGGGCAGGAUCAGAGGCCCCAUUACGAAUUUUCUCUUCCUUUGA